AUUGUAAAACGAGCGAAUUUGGAUGUGGUGUUAUAUACGCAGGAAACGAUGGUAUCUUGUAGCAUUUAGCUAAAUACAUCAAUGCAAGAAAAGGACAGAAUACGCCACGUGAGAAAUUUGGUGUUACUUCUAAUAUAAUAUGUACGUUUCCUUCAGUUGUUGAGAAGUAGAUUGCUUUGAAGAUAAAAACGCUGUGGAUGAAUUGAGCACGCGCGGAAAGAGGAGCAUGCGUGUUCGUACUGGGUUACACGAGUUUAUUUUUCCUUGCUUGUUUUUUUUAUGUUGCUAGCUAGCUAAGUGCUAAUGUAGUAGGUAAGAAUAGCCUACAAGGGUUGAGUAUCUUGUUUGUAGAAUAAUUUACAUUUACUACAUGCGUUAACAGCAUUACCAAGACAUAAUAUAUUGAUAAUCUAUACAGUAGCCAAUGUUAUCAACAAAUUAAUGUAUUCAACGCAGCAAGCUAACGUAGCCCACGUCGUUAUAGCUGUAAGUUAGCCUACUAGCAAACAUUAAUUAGAUGGCAGUCUUUAUUGAGAUUUUCUAGAGUCUUUCAUGCCGGCUUCCAUAUCUUUAUAGACAUCAAAACGGGAAUACACAGCGCUAGCAGUGAACCGUGAAGCGACCCAGCUAACGUUAGCUACCUAGGCUAAGUGGCUAAUAUCCAGCGAGUUGGCUAACCUUAGCAGCCAAGUGUUCACCCCACGCAACAAAUCUGCGUAAUAGAAUUUUCAUGUGUUUAUAAAAUUCUCUAAAAUUCAAACAUGAGAACGAUGCGUCUUCUUUAUGAGCUCCCUAUUUAAUAUUAAAAUGGCAGCAAGCGGCUAUAAAGAUCUAAGGGAGAAAUUGAAGUCCAUGACUCCACACAGGGACAACUACAAAAACAAAAAUUCAGACCGGAGCAAUGGACGCAAACGUAAAUACAACGACUCGGAGGAAGACUUCAGUGACCCUGAAGAACAGCGGGAGGUGGAGGCUCGGAAAGUCAAGAGUGGCAUCACACAAGUGAGCAUUUUCAGCCCAGAGGAAUGCUCUGUUAUUGAGUCGAAAAUUGAUGAGGUUGUCUCAAAUGGAGAGAAUGGUCUAUACAGAGAGCACACUGUGGACAGGGCACCCCUUCGGAAUAAGUAUUUCUUUGGGGAGGGUUACACUUACGGUUCUCAGUUAGAAAAGCGGGGGCCAGGACAGGAGCGAUUGUACUCAAAAGGGGAGGUAGACGAAAUACCAAAUUGGGUACACGAGUUGGUUAUCAAGAAACUGGUUGCUAGUGGAGUGGUACCUGAAGACUUUGUCAACAGCGCUGUCAUCAAUGACUACCAGCCUGGAGGAUGCAUUGUCUCUCAUGUGGAUCCCAUUCACAUUUUCGAGAGACCCAUCGUAUCGGUUUCGUUCUUCAGUGAUUCGGCGCUGUGCUUCGGCUGCAAGUUUCAGUUCAAGCCCAUCAGAGUGUCGGAGCCGGUAUUGUUCCUACCUGUUCGACGCGGGAGUGUCACUGUUCUCAAUGGUUAUGCCGCGGAUGAAAUUACCCACUGUAUUCGACCACAGGAUAUCAAGCAAAGAAGAGCUGUUAUCAUACUAAGAAAAACAAGACCUGAUGCACCACGACUGGAUAUGAAUUUGCCUAGUAACGCCAUCCUUCCCGAUUCCCCUCCUGAAAGACAACAGAUACUGAAGGCAAAGCGAUCUCAUCGAAAGGCAGACCCCGAUGCAGCGCAUAGGCCACGUAUUCUGGAAAUGGACAAAGAGGAAAACCGCCGCUCUGUUCCGAGAUAUCGUCGUAGGAGUGACUCUAGCUCUGAGAACUUCUGGAGGAGGUCCCACGAGGCCACGAGGAGCUACAACGAUCCCGACGAUAGUCCAAACUCUGCUAGGAAAGUGAAAAUGAGACGCCAUUGAGGGACGUUGUCCGUUCCGGGUACCAAAGGCCCACUUGGAGAUGUGUUAAUAAAACCCUUCAUUUGCAUGCAGGCUUAGAAGUAGUUGGGUCAUGUGUCAACUGUUAAGCGGGCCACCGAGUUGAUUUUGUUGGUCAUGGUUUUGGUGAAAAUAUUUGAAGGUGGGGAAGGGGGGGGGGAGGUGGAGAGUCAAUGACAAUAUGAGGAAUGUGAUUAAAGCAGCAUUUAUUUAGCUAUGUUAAGGUGGUCAAUAUAUGACUUUGAAAUUCAGUAAUUGUGAAUCCAAACGUGGGAGAUAGAUGUGACCCCUCACUUAUGUGACCUUGUUGUGCAAUCUUUAAUGCACACAUUUGUGAAUUCCAAACAUAGGUGAUGUCCAUCGUCUUGUGCCAGGAGCCAUUCUUCUCUUUAAGAUAUCAUGGGAGCUCUGCAUGUUGUUUUGUUUUGUCUGAUUAAAAGUCACACAGUUCAUUUAAUAUGAAGAGGUAGUAUUUCGAAUUGGAGUAAUCGGUCAUCUUAGAAUAGGAUUAUAUUUUUCAGUAAAUGCCUUUUGCUUUAGUUUCAUGGUUUAGUUUAAACAGACUUUGCAUAUUAGCAAUAUUGAGUAAUACGUUUCUGAAAGAAAGAUAAUCAGCUACAUUUUCAUGUGCAGGAGAAUGAAGCUAAUGUUUUGGGUUUAUUUAAAGCUGGUAGAACACUAAAUCAACGACUGGAGACUCAAGACUGCCUGUUUCUCAGCAUGAAUUUGCUUCUUUUUUUAUUGUUCAUGGCUGACAUUGUGUAUAACCACACAAUCCAAAUCUCGCCAAGCUUGUAAAAUGAGAAAUCAUUGUUUUUUUAAAAUUAAGUCUGCUCUUUCAUUUUUUCAAUUGAUUGAGAAAUAACUAAUAAUUAACACUAGACUUGGUGAUUUUAUUUGGUGGUUUUUGACAAUUGGGUACAUUUUUACAAAAAAUUUUUUUUGGCCCCAUUAGAACAGUGUUGUGCUGUAUACCUUUCUAUCCCAGUGCUGAAGUGAGACCGGUGCUUCCAGCCACAUACACAUGUCACAUGUAUAUACAGCAACUUUGCAUGUCGGUUUGAUCAGUGUUUUCUAAUGAUAUCGGGCUUACUUUGUAGGCCAGUUCCAUAAAAUCCCAUUCAUUUCCAGUUUUACAAUUACAGUAUGGGUCCCCACAGAUGUCAUGUCUGGAGUCAUUGCUUUGGUGUUCUAGUGGCUUUAAAGAGCAGUUAAAUUGAUGGAUUUUCCUUGUAAAUAGGAGUUUUGUUGAUGUGUUUAUAGUUAUUCUGGAUAUUUAAAAUGGCUUCAAAUAAGACAUGAAGUAAUAACAUCAAUGUAUGCGUGUGCUGAGUUUCUGGAAAGAACACCUGCAUAAAACCUUGACAAAUGGAUGUUUCUCCAUAUCAAAUAUGCAAAUGCAAAGGUGCCUGGAAGUUUAUUAUUUUUAUUAUUAUUUUUAUUUUUGCUUUGCUUGUUUGAGGAGUUAUAUUGAGUUGGUGAGUUUCUUGUGUCUGUAAUUGUCCCAACACACUAUCUUUUUGUUUGUUUUAUUUUUUUAUUUUUUUUCCUUUGUUUGUUUUUGAAUUCAGAACUCGCUAUAUUACCCUAUAGAUUGUGCUACCUGCUGAAGGGUAAUGGUCUGGAUGAUUAUAACCAGUCUUCUUUCCAGGCCCUGCCAUGUUAUGACUUGUGCAUUGGCUGCUCAAACGAGUUUAUAGUAAUGCCGUUAUGAUCCGUUUGUCUCCUUUAUUUCAUUUUGACGGCUGUGUGUAAAGGAGAUGACGAGAAGCUUGCGCUGCUUGUACAGAAUUUGGUUUUUGAUUGGUUUUUUGUUUUUUGGUUUUUUUUCCUCAGAGAAGAUCUGAAAAGGGACACAUUUGGUGAUAAAUUUGCACUGUUGUUCAUAGUGUACUUCAUCUGCUAUAGAGAUGGAGGGCUUUAUUUGGCAUUAAUCUGAAUGAGGCCGUCUAAACAAGGACUGAAUUGAAACCCCUCUUACCCUGCUCUCAUAUUUCCGUGAGUUAAGUUUUUCUUUUUUUUUGUUUGCUGCAGUUAAAGAUCUGGAGUCUGGCCCCAUCAAUAAUUUGACUACAAAAAAACAAGAGUCAAAGUAUGUGCUUUUUUAUAUUGUAGAUGGGAAUUCUGAGCUGUUCAAAGGAAUAACAUGCUUGCUUGUAACAAAGAUGUACAGGUCUAAAAGUUGAAUUAAAGAAGGAAUUGUAUAAAGUGGAAAAAAAAUGUAUGUACAAAAUCUUUUAAUUCUGUUAUUGUUGUGUAAAGGCUUAUUUGUAUUCGAUUUUUAUUUUCUUGGCACUGCCUAGAGAAAUUACACAGGAUUGCUUUUCUUGGAUUGUUCUGACAUUUUACUCAACUGUUUAAAAGUGCACAGAUGACCAGCUGCUCUCAUGCAGUGGUAAAGCAGGAGGCAGACUACCUUGUUAGUUUUUUUUAAAUUCGAUGUGUUUUUAUUAGAUUUAAUUUCAGGAUAAUUUUCAGCCCAAAUUAAAAAAAAAGAAUUUACCUUUCGCUCCAUCAGUACCACUCAAAGGAACAGAUUUAAUGCUUUUCUAUUAAAGCAUAGAUUUUAAAUGAUUGAAUAUUUUGUAACCAUUUAUUUAUAGCUUUAGUUAUGGUGUCAUUUUGAAGAACAGCAGUAUUUAUGUCAUGGAAAUACAGUAUAAUGUAUUAAGAUUAGGUUGGCUGUCCUCUUGUUAGUGAAAUCAGUUUGCCUGCAGCUGAUUUUUUCCAAAAGGGUUUUUGGUGUCUGGAGUAAAAAAAAUAUUUCUCACUACAUCUCCUCUUAAGUGUUCUGCCAGAUAAUCCACUUAUGUAUUGACAGUUAAAACUUUACUGGCACAUGGUUGGAGCAAUCCAUGAGAGAAUGAAUUUUCUUUGAGUAUCUCAACAGUCUGGUUGCUGACUUUCAUAUUUAAUUUCACAUGUAUACUGUAAUAUAUUGCAUUUGAUUAAAUAAAAGGAAAAAGAAAACCCUUUCAAAACAAA